AUGGAGCCAAGGAAUUGGACAAUAGCUUUUUUCAAGCUUGGUAGCUUAUGUGACAAGGUGGAAAACAACUCAACGGAAUAUUUCAAUGCGACUAUUACAAAGGCAAGAGGUAAGGCCAUAAUACCAAUGCUUGAGACCAUUAAGAGGCAAGCAAUGGUUCGAAAUGAAAAGAAACAGAAGAAGGCUGAAAGAUGGGAUGGUAGGUGUACAAAGUAUGUCAAAUUGGUACUCGCUGAGCUGAAGGAACACGCUGACAAAUGUAUGGUUAGUCAUGGGAGUCAUGGGAACUACGAGGUGGAGCUUUAUGAUGAUAAAUUCCAUGUAGACACGAGAAAGAAGACAUGCUCGUGUUUUAAAUGGAAAAUCUCAGGCAUCCCAUGUGAGCAUGCAUAUGGAGUGAUGUUAGAUGCUGGUUUAGCCAGUGAUGAUCAUGUCAACGAGUGCUUCUCAACAACUAAACAGCGAGACUGUUACAUUGAUAAUGUCAAGCCAAUGAGAGGACCAGACGGCUCUAUCGAGAAUCAGCGCCCAACCGCGCAGUCCGGCUGGCCGAGAACUAUGUUCCGCUCGGCCAAAGUCAUAUCCGUCCGUCUGAAGUCUCGGCCAAAGUCCAAACCGACCGGCCGAUCACGCAUCACGACCCGGGAAACAUUGCCCGCGGUCGGCCAAGCUACAACCGUCCACGCCACGCCGCGCACGACCAAAGCGCGCGAGCCGGGAAACAAGCCUCGCGGCCGCGCAACCCUUCGCGUACCACGGCCGAUGCAUCCGUCCGAGCCGGGAAAGAACGUCCCACGUCCGGCCGAGAACCAUCGGCCAAAUCUAUCCGUCCGACCACGCCGGCCGACCGUGAAUCCAUCCGGCCACGACCGUUCCGACUCGGCCCACGACCCGAUUGUCCGGCCGAUCGUCCCGACCGACCGUCCCAACGCCGCGGUCGACCCGAAGCCCGUUUUGAAGCCCAUUUCAUAUUUUCAAGCCCGGCUUAACCCUAAGCCGCCUCAAAAGACCUAG